CGUCCGUCAUAUUCGCGGUGUGAAACUACAAAAAACGUGCCGUGUGCUUCCUGCCAAUGUACAGUAUGGUCGACCAUUAGAGACUGAGCUUCCCCUGUCGUCAAUUUCUUUCGUGUCUUAAAAGCUUUUGUCGUCAGCAUCUGUACAACACUGCUAUGUUAUUGGUUCUCGCGCGGGUUUCGCUCGUAUUGAUGCAAUUUUUAUAUCCAAGCUGAUGGUAGAGAGCUCUAAUAGGAAUUCUAUUGUACCAUUUCCAUGGCGAGUAUCAUUAUUGGAUAAGUUUCAACGCGCUUGAUGCGGCUAAAACCACAUGGUGCUGAAAUAGAAAAGGCCUAUACGUCGAUUAGAGACCACUUCCUCUACAAAGGUGAGCGGCGACGCCUUGAGACUAGUUAAUAGGUGUGGAGUAACCAGCAGUGACGCUCGCCUCCCGGUGGUCUGCACAGCAACUCUACAUUUAGAACCCGGGGCAGCGGUCUUCAUCGCAGCUCCCCAUUCAGCAUUCAGGGCACUGGUCUUCAUCCCAACUCUGCAUUGAGCAUCCCAGAAAGCGGUCUUCACAACAAUUCUACAUACAGAGGUCUUCAUAGCAGCACAACAUUCAAUACCCGGGACAGCGCCGGGCGUGGGGGGUUACAACACCACCCCAGCGCCGUACGCAGCCAACCAGACAGCGGUCUUAGUCGCAGCACUCCAUUCAGAAUCCCUGGACAGCGCCGGGCGUGGAGGAUGACAACACCACCCCGGUGCCGCACGGAGCCAACCAGACAGCGGUCUUAGUCGCAGCACAGCAGUCAGAACCCUGAACAGCGAUUUUCAUCGUAGCACUCCAUUCAUCACCCUGGACAGCACCAGGCAUGGAGGGCAACAACACCACCUCGGCGCCGCACGGAGCCAAUCACACGGCCUUCCCGGUCCUGCCCGAGGCCUACAUCAUGCCGGCCAUCAUCAGCGCCAUCAUCCUGGUCGGUGUCGCCGGGAACUCUCUGGUCAUCUUCGUCAUCUUCCGGAUCGGGGAGAUGCGGACGGUGACCAACUACUACAUCGCCAACCUGGCCACCACGGACCUGGCCUUCCUGGUGCUGUGCCUGCCCGUCACCGCAGUCAUCUACGCCGUGCCCAGCUGGCCCUUCGGACUGGUCAUGUGCAAGCUGAACAACUACAUGAUCCAGUAUGCUCGAUCCACGUACAACUGA